CGCUCUUCUUUCUAUUUUUCGCCUUACCAAUAAGUACUAUGGAAACCGCGGCACUUCUAACCGAUAUCUAACCCCACUCUGAGGCUGCCUUCUGUGGGCCAAAAAUUAGUUCUAGUUUGUAUCCAUUAGGUCCCUCGUUUUACGCACUAGCAGAGGGAGCGGGCUGAGGAGUCCAUAUUCGCUAUCCCGCUCUUAAGUAGUUUCACCCACUACUACACCGAAAUAACGGCAUUCAGCCGUCCCUUUCCAGUGCCCACAAUGAAUUCUGACCAUCCUUUGAACCCGUCGCUCUACGCACCAGCCGAGGAUGAGGUUGCAUUUUUCAAAUCUCAGACUGGAAUAGACAACGAUGAAGAGCUAAGAAGUCAUAUAUUCGCUAUCCAGGAAGAGGCAUACAAGAUUUACCCUUAUCCGUGCAUUCAUCGUUUCGGAUUUGCUCAAUUCAACAUUUCCAGGCAACCAUACUAUCAACAGCUCUUGAACCUCGGAAAAGACUGUAAAGGGAUCUAUGUUGAUCUUGGAUGCUGUGUUGGCACUGGCGCUAGAAAGGCAGUCAUGGAUGGCUAUCCCAUAAAGCAAAUUAUCGCCUCUGAUUUGCGCCCCGAAUUUUGGGAAAUCGGUCAUAAGCUCUUCAAGAGUACUCCUGAAACCUUCCCAGCACGUUUCAUCCCUGCAGACAUCUUCGACUUGGAGGGUCUAUCAAAAGAAGAAGCAGGCCCUGUCUCCGACAUCUCUAAAGUGCAGUCUUUAGCAGAGCUCAGAGGAAACGUCUCUGCUAUCCACGCUUCUGCCCUCUUCCAUCUCUUCAAUGAAGAAGAACAAUCCAAACUCGCCAAAAUCAUUGCAUCCCUGUUGUCAUCUGCUCCAGGUUCCAUGAUCUUCGGGACACAGAGCGGUCGACCCGAGGGACGUAAUUAUCUCAAGACCGCUCGCAAUAACCGCGAUAGAUAUGACAUGUUCUGUCACUCGCCAGAGAGUUGGAAAUCAUUCUGGGAUGGUGGGGUAUUUCCCAAAGGCACUGUGCGUGUUGAUGCAUCAUUGCAUGAAACGGCGGUCAGGCUCUCAGAAUUGAUGAUCUUGACUGACGAAACUAGUACCGAGAAUUACUAUUUCCUCACCUGGUGUAUAACAGUUUUGUAAAUUAGGUCUCUUGAUUUUGUAGGAUACUUUGGUAUGUAUAUAGGUUGCACGAAACUUCAUGAGAAUCUACGACGAAGAAC